AUGAUUACCGAUAUUUUAAUGUCCAUACUUUGCGCCGCUUUGACCUUUCAUAUUGUAACUCGCUACAAUCGGAGGGGCCGCAUUCUGAAUAGAAUUCCUGGACCAGCUGCCUAUCCGUUUGUCGGUAACUUAUUAAAGUUCAAUGUCAAUUGUUUGCAUGAAUUCUGGCAGAUAGGGCGCGAAAUGACAAAAAAAUAUUAUCCGAUAACGCGCUUUUGGUUGUGCAAGACAGCCGUCAUUAGCGUACGCCAUCCAGACGACAUUGAAAUUCUUUUCUCAAAUCCCAAAUUCAUCGAUAAAGGUUACAUAUACGAAUAUUUGCAUCCUUGGUUAAAAACCGGCUUGUUAACUAGUACAGGAAGUAAGUGGCGUCACAGGCGAAAAAUGUUGACACCAGCAUUCCAUUACAACAUCUUAAAACAAUAUUUCCAAGUAAUAUACGAAGAAGCUAAAAAAAUUAUAAAUACUCUUCAAAACGAAGCGAAUGAAAGCGUUAAAAAUCUAAUACCACUUUGUUCUAAAUCAACAUUAAAAAUUAUUUGUGAAUCGGCGAUGGGCGUAAGCUUAGAUUCACUGGAUAACGAGACAGUCGAGCAAUACGAAAGAGCCGUCUACGACAUGGGUAAAGUCGUUCUUUACAGGUGA